AUGUCAUCGUCAUGUCAUUGUCAGGUAGGCAUAGGUAUGUGUCUGUCCCUGUCUCGAUGUCUGUGCAUUUGCUUAUUGUGUACGCUGUACAUGCAGCUGGUGUACAUCCCAUUAGUGCAUCUGCCUCUGCCGGUACUUGGACCGAGGUACACGGUAAUAUAAUGCAUUACAUUACAUUACUGCGUAUUUAUCUACCUGCCUGUGCCUACCAACCUCAUUCAUACGAGAACCCCUCAAUGCUCCUUCCCAAUGGUGGCUGAUGAAUGCCGCGUCGAACUGGAAAGAGCAAACAGAAGAGGAAUGCGCGGCCCAACUAUGACGCCAUGACGCCCUACUCCCCUCCACCAGGAAGGAGCUCCCUCGGUACCUAUUCACCGUCUUUCUGCUCUGCUCCUUCCCAAGCUCGAGCUCUGGUCCACGAUCGCCCUGUGCCGCCAUCGGCAUGGAAGGAACCUGCCCCACUUCCCCCCACCAUCUCAGCCCGCUUGCAAAUAUCGGCUCCAUCAUUGGCUCAAGCUCAAAAGCUCAGACACAACACUAGCCUUGAAAGGACUAGCUCUCAAACAAUGGUGCAAGCAAACCCCACCUUUCCUGCCCCACACUCGGCCCAUUCUCCGAUAAAUUCGGAAGCUUCAUUGUUGAGCUCAAUCGGGAAUUGGAGCUCCUCCUCCUCUACGUCUACUCCGUACUGACUGACUGACUAAAUGUCCAUUCCACUCAAACACCAACACCGGCCGAGCAUCACCACCAUUGACUGUUCAUUUCUUCAUAUCGCAUCC